GACCAUACAAUAAACGAGAAAAAAAUGCCAUACUUAUUUUAAUAGAGCAAAACGAAUUAUCACUCUGAUUAAAGUGCAAAAUUCCUCCCCCUUGACAUGAGGCUUCAUCAGAAACCGACCAACGUUGUCCCAUUUCUCAAAGAAUCUUCAUAUAUAAUAUUAUCCCAUGUGUCCCUCCUUCAACCCGAAAAAAAAAAAAAAAUCCGCCACGCCCAACCCAAAAAAAAGAAAGGAAAGGAAAGAAAAGAAAACGAAAAAAAAAAAAAAAGGUGUUCCUCCCCCAAAACCGAAGCUAUAUAUGUGUGUGUGCACGUUGAGCCAGGUGUGCAAGUCUCUAGUCACAGCAAAAUCUAACACGCACAAACCAAAGAUUACAUUGUGCCCUUCACGCCUUUGCAAAAUUCUCUCGACUAAUUCUUCAAGAAAAAUGAACAAAGAAAGCCUUGUGUCUGACUCGGAAUUCGCUCUGCUAGAGUCGAUCCGCCACUAUCUCCUUAGCGAUGACCUUGAGACCAACUGGGGAACCAUCCCCCGAUUUUUUGAGGAUGAACUCUGCGGGGAGUCGCCAAGCAUCACUAAUAAUCUUUUGCCAUCUGAUGAUAGCGUAUCAUCUCUGGCGUCAAAUGAGGAAGAGAAUGGAGGAUCCUUUGGUGCAGUCGGCGACGACAUUGUUGUUGACUUUCCAUUGGUGGAUCCUAGCUCGCCAGACGACUGCCAGGCGGGAGCGGAUUGCGCUGCAGUGGCGAAUGAUCAGGCAAAUUAUUAUGUGCCAGUGCCGAGGGUGAUGCAGUACAGAGGGGUCAGGAGAAGGCCGUGGGGGAAGUAUGCGGCGGAGAUCCGAGAUCCAAAGAGGAAUGGGGCAAGGAGGUGGCUUGGGACCUAUGAGACGCCGGAGGACGCUGCGCUGGCCUAUGACCGAGCUGCCUUCAAGAUGCGCGGCUCCAAGGCUCGGCUCAACUUCCCCCACCUUAUUGGCGGCGACGGUGUUGAACCUGUCAGGGUUAAACCGAAGCAUAGGCGCGUUUUCAAAAAUCCUUCGGGCAGUGAUUGCUCUCAAUCUCAACCAGAGGACCGUAUGGGUUGUUAAGUCGUGCUUUUCGGGGAGUUGUAGUCAUAGUUGCCUAAAAAUGUGAAUUCUUCUUCGAUCUUCUUCCUCUUCUUCUCCAACUACUCUUCAUCUUCUUAGAGGAGCGUGGACACUCAAUGUGUCGUUGGUGUCAACAGAGAGAGGAGAGAUCGCACGCAACCUAUUUCCGGAUAAGUUUGCUGGUCAUAGUGCUGUCUGCUGAGCUAGAUAACAUAUUUG